AUGGAGCUGGACGCGCAUCGACGGUCGCAACGUGCUCGCUAUGCCUACUCAGACGGAAAUUCGUUUAUACGACAGCGACGACUUUAUUUUAAUCAAUCGUCUGGAACCGACUGGUCAUCAGUCACCUGUGGCCUUCGUACGUUGGAGCGCUUUUCACGGCCGCUUGGCCUCGAUCUCAUGCACCAAAAUUAUCGUCCACGCACCGCAGAGAGAUUUGCAGCUUUUUCCCGUAACGCAGAUGAAUUGCUCUAUUGUGGACCCCAAGCUGGUGUAGGCAAGUUAGACGUGCGCGGUCUGAGCAAUAAUGAAGGAAAUGCUUUAGUACUGUGGAAAGAGGAUGCAGAAGUGUGUGACGUAGCUAAAUACUCACCAAGUGCCUUUAUCUUCGCCACAUUAACGAAACAGCAAGUAAAGGUUUGGAGAAUGAGAAGAAAAAUAGGGGAACCUGAUCAACAUCAGACGCUUUACAAAGUCGAACAGUUACGGCAUACGGACCCGGUAGUGUAUUUCUCGUGGAAACCUUCUUUGUCGCAAUGGCAUUCGAAUCUGGAGACGGAUGGGACUCGAAAAGCACAAUGGUUUGAACCGCAAAGAAUUUUGCUGACUUGCACUGUAACGAGGUCGGUUCGAAUUUGGACAGAGAUGCGAUGCGGAUUCGAACCUGUGCUUGUAUUUGAUACAAUGCAUCCAAUCGACAAUGUGCGCUGGGUAAUGACAAAGAAUAGAAAUAUUAGUGACGAAGCAUUCGGGGAGAUUAAGGAAGACCAUGACCAAGCGGAUUGGAUAUCGGGAGUCGAUCAACAUGGCAUUUUAAGACUAUGGAGGCUUGCCGGGAUAGACUCAGCUCAUCCCAAAGUAGAGGAGACAAUGCUGCAGAUCCAGGUGAGUGGAGAAGAUGACAAACAAAAUUUUGGUGUGGGACUGGGAGAGGCUUGUGUCAUGGCAUAUUUUUCACAAAAUCACUUUGGAAGGCCGUCAAAGUUGGAAAUUGUACUUCAGCGCGCUGACCACAUCAUGCUAUCGUUUCAUGUCGCAGUCGGCCAAGGGGAUCGACCAUCACAAAUCUUGAAGAAAUCGUGGCACCGAAGUCAUCUUGGCUCCAUAUCAGCUCUAUCGGCGCAUCCAUCACUGCCAUUAAUUGCAAGCGUUGAUACGUAUGCGUCUGAGUUUCCGGGCUUGAUGCGGAACGAGAUUCUUGUCUAUUGGAUCUCCUUUUCCGCCUUUUCAGCUGAUACGCGAUUAAUCCCGUCUGGCGUGUUGCCCUGCGAAGACAAAAGAGGUGACGUACUAUGUAUUCAGUGGGUGCCCACACUUCACUUUGACGCUACACCGCUAAUCCUUGUUGCUUAUAAGUCGGGGUAUAUUGAUGUGUAUGGAAGGUCACCGAGAGCUGACGUUGCGGUGGUGUCAUCCCCGAAAAUACGGUCGCCUAAACAUCUGAGAAUAUUAACCAGUUCUACAGGGUUAUCUUCUUUGCCUCAUUACGAUUAUGUGACAGAAAAACAUGGAUUUCAAUACGAAGUUGCUUGCGAAAAGCGGACAAUGGCAGAACUUGGGUUAUAUUUCGAGGAGAAAAACGGGAGAUUUAUUGUGUCGAAAACUUGCUCAAGCAAUAAGUAUCUUAGUGAUGUUAUUGAGGGUGAUGAGCUUAUCGCAAUCAAUAAUGAUAGCGUUGUAGGCAAAAACUUGAUGGAAGUCUACGCCAUAAUUGGCGAAAAAUGUUUUGGAGAAUCCCUCCAUUUGAGUUUCCGGGCUGCCUGCAAAGAUGAUUUUAAUGGGACAAAAGAUCAAAAGCUGGGUGAUGAAGAAAGUCAUGAGUCGAUGAUGCCAGCCCUUUGCCGACCAACAUCAAGUACAAAUAGUAGAGAUGACGCCAAAUUGGAGCAUUCUGGUAAAGAGCACACAUCAAACCUUGAACAAGAAAAAGGAAAUUUCUGGUUUCCUUGUGGUGUAGAUGAUGUAAUCCACGCAGGAGCGGUAUCAAUGUAUGGAGGUUGGAAACAUUUGUUUCAUUCAAAAGUUGCACCGAAAUUGGCAUUACUGUGUGUGUGUCCGUCGUAUGCAGACGAUGGCGAAUAUGUGCCUGAUUCAGUAUUGAUAUUUGGCAUCGAAUCACUACCUGGUAAGCUUAGCGUGUGGAAAGGAGUCCGCGGUGGUGCAUAUCAAUCUUUUGAGGUCACCCAAGUUCAUAUUCAAGGUGUAGCAUUCCAAAAAAAAGCUAAUAUUACUUCACUUGCUUGUGAGAGAGACUACCGGCAGCGAGCAUUUACAAGCAAGCGGGCAAGGACUCGAAAUAUUCUUAAUUCCCUUUUAUUUGUGGGCGAUCUUGCGGGGUACGUGGAACAUUGGCGCUGUCAACUUAUUGAUGACUACAUUCAGUUUACGGUGAUGAGCUCUUCCCAUGUUGGCGAUACAGAAUCUAUGCUGUUUCCAGGCUCAUAUAACGUUCGUGCGCAAAUCGGUUCAUUCUGUCGACGCGGAUAUGUAUUGACUGGUCAAGUUGAAAGCUUAACCAGUGAGAAUGCAGAAUCGGCUAUGGCUGGCAGUAUUGUUCAUAUAGAAGUGGAUGAUCCGAAUCGUGUAGUCGUGCUGCGUGCUGAUCGACCCGAGGAUCUUUAUAUUUUUGAAGCAGAGUCCGGGCUUGGAAUUUUACGCCUUGAAGAAUCAAUCUCGUCAAAUGGACGAGGAAACGUUUUAGGCUUCACGUGGUGUACCUCACACGUUGAAUUUAAUGUCGAUGCGCUUGCAGUGCGAUACGAAUCUGCCACAGUAAUUUACCACUACGAUAUGGCUUUGCAUCGAUGGAUUCAAAUCGGGAAUGACGUCAUGAGCCCCGCAGCUCUCUUUGACUGUACAAGGGAUUCAUCUGCCUUGAUGUUUGGCGGCGGCCAUUUGUACAAGUCGCUUCUGGACCAGCACUCGCCUCAACUAAUUUCGAACGAAAUGCCGGUAGUAAUUGGCAAUUGGGAUGAACCGGGGAGCCUCCUUCAGCACUCAAUGGACUGGAAAGUAGCUGAACUGCCGCAAAAACUUCCUGUGUGGCAUCCUUACGUGCUUUUGACGACGAUGUUUGGUAUGCAUGCACGUGUUGGUAAGAAAGACACAUCACUUGCUGGUGAUCACGCGGCCUUUGAGUUUUCUAGAGCUUUUGGAGAUGCAACUCAAAUGCUAAAAUUACUUGCCAAAGUGCUUAACGAUGAAUCUUCAGCUCGUGCAAGCGCAUCACAUGGGAUCCUGUCGUAUACUGGUCCAGCUUGCUCGAUGGAAAAAGGUGUUGGGGACGAAGAAUUGGGUCGUGCCCGAAUACGUGAGUCAAUUGGUCGAUAUUCGACAUCUAUCCAUCGAAGUGAUCAAAUUGAUAAAGCAGAAAACCUGUUUGCUGCUCAAAUGAGCAAAAACGGCCAAAAGAGUUUUAAUUAUGGUAGAAGGGAAUGCUGUUCGGAUGAGGAUAGUCACCGUACUCUAUUAUUGAGCGAAGCAGAGACAAUUUUGGCUGCUAUUGAAUCGAUGUUACAGAAUAAAAAGCAUGAAUUGCGUCAAAAUGCAUUAAUUUUGUUUGCUUCAUUUAGCGAAGAAAACUUGCUGGAAAUGAAGAUGCUUUUACACUUUGUGGACGCAAUUCAGUCGCUUGGUUUUGAUCUGGAUGCUUCAGCUGCAGAUCUUGGAGCGAAACGCUUCAUUUCAAUGAAUUUGCUUGCCAAGUCAUUGAAAAGUGUAGUGCUUACACACUCAAAUGGCAAGAUUGCUAAUUAUUCGAGUAACCCCCAAAAUGGAGAGUGGGAUGGCAAUGCCGAGAGGCAAAAAUUGCACAGCAAUCAUGAAAAUGAUUUUCAACUAUCAAGUUUGGAAGAAAUGCCUUCCUCCGGAAUCCUGUGGGCUUUACACUCGGAUGCGCAGCGCUUUCUGUGGGAGCAUUGCAUCCAACCCCAGACGCAAUGGGAUGAAGUGCGCCCUUUAUGGCUUGGAAUUUGGAUCAAGGACGUAAAGUUUCUGCGAGAAAUUGUGGAGUGGCUUGCAAAACUAUCGUAUGCUCGUUCUAAAAAUGCGAUGGAUGUUUGUUUGCUAUACGUUGCAGUGGGAAAGAAGAAUGUGCUCAGUGCAUUGGCUAAUCUCUCUCAAUCCGAAUCUAAUAAGACGCUAGCUUCAUUUUUAAAAAACAAUUUCUCUGAAAAACGCUGGAGCAAUGCUGCAGUUCGAAACGCCUAUUCCUUGUUAAGCAAAAAAAGGUACGAAGUCGCAGCAGCAUUUUUUUUACUAUGUGAGCCACCGCGCAUACAAGACGCGGUUCGAGUUCUCGCAGUGCGACUUGGAGAUUUAAGUUUGGCACUUGUGAUAGCCAGGCUGGUUGAAAAUCAAUCAACGGAUCAAGUGCGGCAUGAAUUUACGACAAGUCAGGCCAACAUUACUUCGGCCGGUUAUGUAACAAAGCUGUUGUUGGAACAAGAGGUUCUUCCUUUGUUCCGCCAGAAACGUGACGUAUGGCUAGAAAGCUGCGCGCUUUGGUGGCUUGAGGAUUUUGAACAAGCCCGAACUGUGCUUCUCCCUCAAUUUCAAGAGGUGGAUGUAUGUGAAGGCAACAGUUGGAUUUCUGCGCAAGACGAUCUUGUUUCAACUAUGACGCGGAUGACGCAUUUUUUUACAAACCUAACAUCUUUUACAGUCUAUUUCCAGCAUCUGCAUUCGAAUGUCAAUUCCUUGCUGCUAAGCUGGGCCAGAAAGAAAAUGCAUGAAAAAGUCAUUUCAGAUGAAGCUGAUCUAAGUGACCAGAGCUUUCCUCAUACGAGAAGUUUACAGCUCAUUUCUAUGGCAGAUAUUGAGCAUGCGUUCUCCUUUGUUGCCUAUGUUUGCAAGCGAAGUGGGUUAAGCGAUACCGCACUCGUCGAGAUGCUCCAAGCGCGGCAUCUGAUUAACCUCCACGCACGUCUUGAAAUCUCGAUGGGUGACGCGUGUGAUUCUAUCACAAGUAUGGUGGCUGACGAUGAGGAGGCACACGUAGCUGAAAGUGUUACCUCGCCUCGCUUUCUGUGUUCAGUACAGAAUCGUAGGCAAGGGAUGAAACUUGCAAGUUUUACGGCACCUAAUACUCGAAAAGGCUCCAAGUCGCAAAGGCGAAUGAGUUUUUUAUGCGAGCUUAAUGUCCCACAAAAUGAUGCGUUGAUGACGAGAAAGAAGGCGCGUCCACGCUCAAACUCCAUUUCGUGGUACAAAAAGCUCCAGCCCGAUAAGCCAAUUCCUACAGCACCGUGGCUGAAAGCUCAUAUCGCUGAUAUCGAAUGUCGGCGGUGGGCAUCAUCUGCAUUUGUGGGGAAAAUGAUUGGUAUCCGUGUCGCUCGCGAAAUGAUCAGCUAUUUUCGCACUGAGUUGGACAUGUGCUUUCGACAGGGUGACAGAGCUAAAUCUUUUACAUGCGAAGGGAAGGUAUCUGCGUCUUGUGAGCUAAAUCAUCAGUGUUUGAUCAAGCUUCAUAAGGAAUUCUUAAAUGAGCUGUGCACUCCACUCUGUGAGCAAUUUCAGGUAGAUCGCAAUUAUGUGUAUGAAGCUGCACUCGCAGUAAUGCACCCGCAUGCGUACCUUCAUAUUGUCGAAGUAUGCUUUUUGUUGUCUGAGCUUGGUAGAUUGUCUACAUUGCGCAAGUGGGUUGAGUACGUGUCACUGUCGGUGCUUCAAUCGUGUUCAACAUUUGCAUCCUGCAGUAUUACCGAGGAUGUCUAUCGUGACUGGGAGGGACUCACAAUACAGCUGUGCUAUCUCCUAAAUCUCGAUAGCGAGCGUCAAAUAUGCCUUCCAGCCCGCGUGGUUGCGCACAUCAGCGUCGCUGUUCGAACAGGAAUCGUUUUCUUGGGCUGGGCGCGUCAACUGUUUGAUGUUGUGUUUCAAGCUAUCACGCUGCCAUUCUGCACUCAAGAAACCCUUGACGAAGCGCAUAUUGGUGAUUUGGGCCCUCUCUUGAGCACAUUUGCUUUCGUAAUGAAUUUGCGAAUGCUUUGCAAUUUGUUGCAUGGAUCUGCUACGAAAAAGGGUGAGAUGCGUAAGACACGAAUACUCGAAGGAAAUCUUGGCUACACUUUCUUAGGCGCCGUUGCCUCAGGACGAGAAAGUGGAGGUAAUAUUUCGGUUUUGACGUGGGAAGGCACCAAAGAUUCUUCAGAUCAGAACCAAAUUCGAAUCCAGAAAAUGUAUGCUUUAAUUUUAAUGGUGUCGGUGAUUCGUUCUCUGUGUGUGAAAGCAAAAAAUUUUUUGAACACAUGCCAAGGCGAUGUUGAAACUGACGAUGCUGGGAGCACUGAGACGGACAUCGCAAGCUCUCUCUUUACACCCCAAAAACUGUGGAAAGCACUUGACAAGGACCCUGUAGAAGGACUACAGCGAUGGGGAGCUUUAAUUGAGUCGCAUUUGCGAUGCGAGUUCGACUACUCUGUGAAGGAGGUACCGUGUGUUUGUGGUCUUUACGGCCUAGACAGUGCUAUUUUCAAGGUAGCCGCUCUUCCAAGUAAGGGCGGAAAGGUUCGCUGCCAAGCAUCUAACUAUAAAUAUCAAAAGCAAAGCUUGAAUGGCGUCAAUGAUUCAACUACAAGCUCGGCAUCUGCUGCAGUUCCGGCUGAAUAUAAUGAUGAAGCCAAUGAUGACCCGAGAAGCUUGUUGACUUUUCUUCAUCAUUUCGGUAUGAGCAUGGAGCUGCACACGGCUUUGAUAAAUUCAAGUGACGACUAUCUGCUGUUGUUAAUGCAAAAUGCCGACGUGGGAGUGCAAACUACGUUGCGACGCUUUCGUAUCGAUCCUCGAGUGUAUGUUAAGAGCUUUACACUCCGAGAUGCACUCAAUUGGUUUGCCCGCCAUAAGUUUUUUCAUAGCAAAUCCACUGGAGACGACACGAUCGACCAAAUGCACAGAUUUCUAAAUCGCUGUUGCAAGCAACGCAAAUUGCGACUUUUGAGAACGCAUCGCAGCGAAGACGCGCAUAUUUUCCCAUCUAAUUAUGACCAUGCUAAUAUUCACGAAGCCCCAUUGUUACGAGCGGGUUUGUCUGACGAAAAGGAGAAGAAAAAUUUUCCUGAUGCUUUCUACUUGCAAUCAAUGAUGUUCGUAAACCCGUGGGAAGUUGAGGCUGAGCGGAAUGUGCGUAGGUAUAUGCACAAUGCCCGGUCUCCACUUCUUGUCGAGCUAGGAUGGGACCGCUUGAGUCCGAUGUGCUCAGAAAUUAGCAAUGAAAUUGUCGCGAAUGUGCUUAAAGAUCCAGAUCUUGUGGCUAUGUGGAAAGCCACAGGUGCCGAAAGUUGGCUUGUGACAACCAUCUCACAAUAUCGUAUCGACGGUCUCCAUUCGUAUCGCACAGUUCAUCAGCAUCUCGGCCUUGGUGGUAGAGUUGAGCCGCAAAUUCCAUUUUUUGUUGAGAUUUACUCGCACAGUCAGCGCAAUGCUAUGUUUGAAUUAGCUGGUCUACCGCAUCGAUUUAUCGGAGUCGUCACUGUGGAGAUGGUAGAGGCUAAAGAACUAAUUGCGUGCAGUUGGAUUGGAAACUGGAGCGAUCCGUACGUUUUUUUAGAGUUGUGUCAUGCGAAUGACAAUCACCAUCAAACUGCGGUCGAGUGGAGCUUGCAAACCUAUCGCAGCUCGGUUGGUGAAGGCGGUGUCAAUCCGCGAUGGAGUCCUGACGAGAACAAGUUUGUAUUUUUCAUGGCAAUCCCCACUCAUGCCAAUCACAUAAGCAGCUCACCCGAAAACAAUCAGUAUGCAUGCACUGAGAGUUGCAUCCGCACAGUGGACACGCAGGCCAGUCGCUUGUCAUCACAAAUUUGGAAUGCCGAAAUCAAAGAUUUUAAUCGCGAUGCAGUGGAUGCUUUGGAGUGGAUGCUUCCAUCCGUGUUUGCAGGUCCGCCAUCCUUGUUGCAGUGUACUGUAUAUCAGAAAAACAAAUUUUUGAGCCAUCAAUUCAUGGGAAGAGCAAAGAUUCGUUUGAAUGAACUUACUCCAGGUAGCCCGAUAGACUGCUGGCUGCCUCUCGAAGACGUUUCGAGCGGGGCAUUGCAUUUGAAAAUCUCGUUGUCAUUCCAGCUCAUCAGCACUGACUUACUCAGUCCACAGCUAAGCCAAGAUCGAAAAUGCGGACGCUUUCUGUCUCAAAGCACUUUGGAACCACUCUAA